AAUUAUGAUUUCUUUCAUAUUAUUCCAUGCCUAUCUCCAUUUCAAGAAACAGUAAGAGCUUGCUAUGAAAUAUGAUAUCACUUCUAGAUGUUCUUAUUUUAUUUGUCCCCCUUGUUUUCUGCCUCCUAAUGAUACUCAAGUUUCAACACUGCAUGUAAGAACCUUUUCCGAAUAGUGAAAACAAUGGGUGAUUAUUUUAUCAGUGAAAGCUGACCGUUUACUUCCCUGAAGAAGAUGAAACUUCCUUGCAAUUGACUCAUAUGGAUUCUAUAUAUAUUGGAGUAACAUGGAGAAUUUAUUCUCAGUGGAAAGGCCCAAAUGGUGGACCGCAAUGGAUCUGACAGAGAAGCUCUUCUCGACUUCAAAAAGGGUCUUGAAGAUUAUGAGGACCGGAUCUCCUCGUGGAAAGGAAGCAAUUGCUGUCAAUGGUGGGGCAUAGUAUGCGAUAAGAGCUCUGGAGCUGUUGUUACCGUUGAUCUCCACAACCCAUAUCCAUCAGGCUAUGAUGCCUCUGGCAGGUACGGACGUUGGAACUUGAGCGGAGAGAUUAGACCUUCACUGACAAAACUCAAGUCCCUGAGAUAUCUGGACUUGAGCUUCAACACAUUCAAUGGCACAAUUCCUGAUUUCUUGUCCUCUUUGGAGAAUUUGCAAUAUCUAAACCUAUCAAAUGCUGGGUUUAGUGGUGCGGUUCCUCCAAAUCUUGGAAAUGUCUCUAGGCUGCAAUACCUUGAUCUAUCUUCCAGCUUUCCUGAUUAUUUAUCUGUUAGUAACUUUGAAUGGGUGACUGGUCUUGUCUCGUUGAAAUAUUUGGAAAUGACUGAAUCAAACCUUUCAAUGGUAGGUUUAGGAUGGAUUGAGGCAUUCAGUAAGCUCUCUCGUUUAACUGAGUUGCAUUUGCCUUCUUGUGGUUUAUCAACUUUCACUUCUACGCUUACUUUCGUUAACUUUACUUCACUUGCUGUCUUAGACCUACACGGUAACAAGUUCAAUUCCAUGUUACCUAGUUGGCUUGUGAAUAUUAGCAGCCUUGUAUCAAUCGAUAUCAGCUCUAGCAGUUUAUACGGAAGAAUUCCACUUGGCUUUGGAGAACUGAUAAAUUUGCAGUCAUUGAAGCUUGAAAACAAUUACAACCUCACGGCCAGCUGCUCCCAACUACUUAGUGGAAGCUGGGAAAGUAUAGAAGUUCUUGAUUUUGCACUCAAUAAUUUACAUGGAAGACUUCCUGCUUCCCUUGGAAACAUGACUUUUCUCACUUACCUCAAUUUGUUUCACAAUAAUGUCAAGGGCAGGAUUCCAAGCUCAAUUGGAAAACUUUGUAAUUUGCAAUAUAUUAACUUGUCAGUUAAUAAUCUGACAGGAAGCUUACCUGAAUUCCUUGAAGGAAUAGAAAGCUGCCCCUCUAAAGGUCCAUUUCCUAGUUUGCAGGACUUUGAUUGCAGUGAGAACAAAUUAACUGGUAACUUGCCAGAUUGGUUGGGCCAGCUCACAAGUCUCGUGGAACUCAAUUUGCAGUGGAACUCACUUCAAGGUCCCAUUCCCGCUUCUUUAGGAAAUUUGCAGCAUCUAUCCAAACUCAGGCUUGAAGCAAAUAAACUAAAUGGUACUCUGCCUGAAAGUUUAGGACAACUCUCUAAUUUGUCCACCCUUGAUGUUUCUAUCAAUGAAUUGACAGGUAUUAUCUCAGAAGUUCAUUUCUCAAGGCUAAGUAAAUUGCAGUUAUUGCUGUUGUCUGCAAAUUCAUUCAUUUUAAAUGUCAGUUCUGAUUGGAUCCCACCAUUCCAGCUGCAGUAUCUUGAAAUAGGUUCGUGCCAUCUUGGUCCUUUGUUUCCUGAGUGGCUUAGAUCUCAAAAGGAGUUGAAAUAUCUACAUUUCCCAAAUGCCAGUGUUUCAGGUUCAAUACCAGAAUGGUUUUGGGAAAUGUCAGGCAACCUAUCCGUGUUGAACAUUUCAUUUAAUCAGUUUGAAGGUCAGUUGCCAAAUCCAUUAAAUAUAGCUCCUUCUGCACUAGUUGAUUUGAGUUCCAACCACUUCUAUGGACCCAUUCCCCUUCCAAGUGAAGGAAUCAAGCUGCUAGAUCUUUCUAAUAACCAAUUUUAUGGUCCUAUCCCUGACAACAUUGGUAAAAUCAUGCCAAAGUUGGUCUUCCUCUCUCUUUCAAACAACCAAAUCACUUCUGAAGUCCCAGACUCUAUUGGAGAGAUGAAAUCACUUCAAGUCAUUGAUCUUUCGAGAAAUAAUUUGAUGGGAGUCAUUCCUCCAAGCAUAGGGAAUAGUUCUUUUCUCUCGGUUCUAGACCUUCAAAACAACAACUUUUUAGGUGAGAUUCCAGCAUCUUUAGGUCAGCUAAGUUUACUUCAAACGCUUCACUUAAGCAACAACAGAUUCUCAGGAGAAUUCCCAUCAUCUCUCCAGAAUUUGUCUUGUCUAGAAACUCUAGACCUUGGGAACAACAGGUUUACAGGAAAUAUUCCACCUUGGAUUGGACAGGCUUUCCCACAUCUUAGAAUACUUAGCCUGAGGUCAAACAACUUUUUUGGGGAAAUUCCCUUAUUGCUUUCAAAUUUGAGUUCCCUGCAAGUUCUGGACCUCGCAGAAAACAAGUUGAACUGCACCAUUCCUGCUAGCUUUGGAGAUCUUAAGGCCAUGGCUCGACAACAAACUGUAAACAUCUAUUUGUUCUAUGGAUCAUACAUGACACAGUACUACCAAGAAAACUUAGCUGUGAACAUGUAUGGCCAGCCUCUUGUAUACACCAAGACUCUUUCCCUUAUGACUAGCAUAGACCUUUCAGGAAACAAUUUAUAUGGAGAGCUCCCUGAAGAAAUAACAAAAUUGAUCGGUUUGGUGGUUUUGAACUUGUCAAGAAAUCAUAUCAGUGGCCGGAUUCCCAAUAGCAUUUCAGAACUACGCCAAUUGUUAUCACUUGAUCUCUCAGACAACAGCAUCUCAGGUGGAAUUCCUCCAAGCAUGUCUUCAAUGACAUUUUUGGCGUAUUUGGAUGUAUCAAACAACAACCUGUCAGGAAUAAUCCCUAAUGCAAAUCAGAUGACAACUUUUAAUGCAUCAUCCUUUUCUGGGAACCCGGGUCUAUGCGGAAGUCCCCUUUCAGUAAAGUGUUCAAAGGAUGGUUCAAAUGGUGGAGGGACAGGUGAUUCAGACGGCAGAGGGAAUGCCCACUCUGACAAUGAUGAUAGCUUUAUUGAUAAGUGGUUUUACUUGAGCAGUGGGCUGGGAUAUGCAGUAGGCUUAUUGCUUCCUUUUUUAACUUUUGCAAUCCGAACAUCUUGGGGGGAUAUAUACUUUGGUUUUGUGGAUAGAAUUGCAGCAAAAUUUCAAGCUUGAAUUCCUGUACAAUCUGCACUAGUAUUUUGCCACUCUUGCAUGUAAACAGUUCCUAGAUUAUUGUAAUGAAGUAAAAACUUUUGUUAUGAGAUAAAAAUAGAGGCGCAGAGUUCUUUCUAUUAAGCUUGUCAUGUGCUUAAGAAGGCAGUACAAUUCUUGAAGCUAAUCACCUGAAUAUGUUUAAU